AUGCAGGUGAUCCACCCUCUACCACCACCCCCAAUCCUCCCCACUCACCACCAUCAUGAAGCCCUCCUCCCUGCUGCUCCUGCUCCUCUCCACAACAGCCAGCGCCACCUCCCCCUUCAACCCCCUGCACCACUCCGCCGGCAUCGCCCCAUACUUCACCCCAAACGACCCCCCAUCGACCCUCACCCACCCCCCAGCUGCACCGUCACCCGCGCCGCGUACCUCGUCCGUCACGCCGCCAUCUACGCCAACGACUUCGACUACGAGACCUACAUCGCGCCCUUGGUCGAGAAGCUGCGCAACACGACCCAACCCUGGCCCACCACCGGCCCCCUCUCCUUCCUGUCCAACUGGACCGCCCCCGUCGAUGAUGCUCAUCUCGAGAAACUCACCCGCGUCGGCCUGCAGGAAGCCACCACCUUGGGCAGCAGCUUCCGCCAGCGAUACCCGGACCUCCGUGCUCAGAAGGUCUGGUCUUCUACCGCGGACCGCACGGUCAAGUCCGCCCAGGGGUUUAUAGCCGGUUGGACCAAUACUACUACCACCAACAAUGUCUCCCACGCGGACGUGGACGUGGAUCUGGUGCAAGUCGCCGAGAGCGCCUCCCUGGGAGCUGACUCUCUGACGCCGUAUAAGGCCUGUCCCGCGUAUAGUUCUAGCUAUGGGAGUGAUUUCGAAAAUACGUUCGUAAAAACCUACACCCGCCCCAUCCUCACCCGUCUCAACACCCACCACCCCUCCUUCAACUUCACCGCCACAGACAUAACCGCCAUGUUCGAGCUGUGCGGCUACGAGACCGUCAUCCGGGGUCAUCUCCCUUCUGCUCCCUGUCUCUGUUCCCCACGACCGAAUGGCUCUCCUUCGAAUACGCGAACGACCUCAUAUGGAGGUGGAGAUGGACGACAGGAUCUCUUCGUCUCAUUUACGCACCGCGAACUCCCCCCGACUGUCGUCACAGCCCUGGGUCUGUUCAAUAAUACGGCGUACACGUCCCCCUCGUUCCUGAAUCAGUCGAUGCCGACGGAUGAGGUCAACUAUUACCGUGCGUGGCGGAGCUCGCACAUCCUGCCCUUUCUGGGCAAUGUUGGGAUUGAGAGGUUGGAGUGUGAUGGGGAUGGGCAGGGCGAGGGCGUGUAUUUCCGUGUCCUGGUCAACGGGGCCGUGCAGCCGGUCAUUGGGUGUCGGGAUGGGCCCGGGGGGAGUUGUUCUGCCGGGGGCUUUGGGGAGUGGAUGCGUGGGAGGGAGGAGGAGUUUGGGGAUUUCGGCGCCGCGUGUGGGAAUGCGUCUGCGAGUGGGGAGUUGGGGAUCUAUGCGUAG